CACUCGUCUACGAAUACAGAUCCAUUGUCCGGCCCCACGAAUUCACUGACCGCUCCUACUAUCUUCCGAAUCUACUUAGAUAUCCACAACCCAACCUCACCACAACCGCGCCCAUUUCCCACGCUAAACACAACGCGAGCACGCCUACACACCUCAACGCACUAUGUCCUCGCAGCUCCAAUCCGCCUGCGACCCCUCCCAGGCAAGCAACAAAGCCUUGCGCCACGCUUACGAAAACCUCCGCGACGAGCACGCUAAGCUGCAAUCUGCACAUUUCGCUCUUAGAGAGGACCACGCGUAUCUGAAGAGUAGGUACGAGCAUUUGAUGGACAAGUACGAGCAGGUUGUGACCAAGGGCCGGGAGCAUGCCCAGAAGAAGGGAGAGGAGAAUGCAGAUGGCAAUAGCAGGGUAGGAGAGCGGCGUGUGUGUUGGCAUUGGAAGGCGCAUGGGGUGUGCCGGUAUGGGCAGACGUGUCGGCAUGGGAUGCAUCCUCGUGCGUUGGAGCGGCGGGCGUAGGCUAGAGAACUAGUUCGGGGAUGACUGACUGACUAACUAACAUGGGUUGGAUUGGAUUUGAUUGAGCGGGGCGCGCAUCAGGGUAAAAGGUACGAUUCAUC